AUGACCUGUCAGAUUCUUCCUAAAGGUUUUGAGGCCCAAGUAAAAUAUUUUAACAAAACUAUUCUAAAAAUCCACACCAAUUUCCUCCAAAGUAUUUGUAAUGCGGAUAAAGUGACGAAUUUGUCUCACGUUACACAUUUGGAUCUGCAUUCAAAUAAGUUCAGCCAAUUUCCACCGGAAAUUUUUUCUAUGACACUCCUUCAAAUAUUAGAUCUUAGUCAUAAUGAAAUUAAGACUGUUCCAGAUCAAAUAGCCCUACUGCGCUCUCUUCGCAAGUUCAACCUUAGAGACAAUCAAAUUCGAAAUCUUCCUGCCAAUUUUGGUGAUCUUAGGUUCCUGGAAGACCUUGACUUGAUCGGAAAUCCACUGAGAUGUUUGCCCGUCGAAAUGGGUCGCCUUGUUAAUUUAAAGCAGCUCAAUCUUCCUUCAGCCUCCCUUACAUUCCCUCCACAAGAUGUCUGCGAAGCCGGACUUCCGACAAUCAUUUCAUACCUCCGAAAAUCUGGAAAAAUCUCAGAUGACGAAUUUGAACCUGCUGAAGCAAAAGUCUCAACACAACAGACUUAUGAUGCCUCUUCUAGUGCAACUGAGGAUUCGGGUUUUGGUGAUUUUGGUUUCAAUCGACGCAGUGAUCUCCAUCGAAAAGUGGAAGAAGAGCUAAAUGCACACGCUGAAUUAGCCAAACGCGUUGCUGAAACACGGAUUUCUUCAAUGAAAAAGCUCGCUCAGGUAGGGUCGGAGGAAGAUGCUAUCAAAAGUGAGUUGCAACUUCUGCAAAGGCAUCGAGAUGCAAAGAGAAAAGAACUCGUGAAUAGCCUUCGUGAUACCCUUGAUCAUGCAGACGAUUUGAUAAAGCUCUUGCAAAAGAGGCAACAAAUUAAAUUGGAGGAUACGGACCCGCCUUCUCUUGAUAGUCUUCCUUAUUUCACUCUUACGGAUGAGAAUAGGCGAAGGAUUCUCGAAUCGAUGAAUAACAUGCUUGUGGCCUCUGAGACAGCACUUACUCAUCAUCGUGAUUUUAUAAAGAAUAUUGCCAUGACAAAUUCCAACCAAGGUGACGCCAAUCCAACUAUUCAAAGCGUCCUUGUUAGUCACCAGGCUAAUCAAGCCAAACUCGCUGCCCAGGUCGCCGUUGAGGAAAUUGAACAGAUGAAAGCAUUCGAGUGUCUUCAAAAAGAGCAUGAUGUUCGGCGUCGACAGAUUGUCGUUGACAUUCGCUUGAUCGAAGCGGAACUCUGCAGGCUUACCCAAGCAGAACUAGAACGCAAGAUCACUCAAGGAGCUGCAUCAGCUUUUGACUUCUCAGAUCGUCGAAAGGACCUCGUUCGCUUACUAGCAGAGCUGCAGAAGCAGAAGGAGCUUCGCGAAUCCGAGUUGCAUAGGCGUUUGGUGGAAAUGGAGAAGCAGAAGACUCGGGACCAGGAAGACUACUGGCUUGUGCAAUACCAACGACUCAUUGAUAGAAAACCAGCAAUUCUCAAUAAGGUGGAAUCCUUCCUAUCUGUUGAGAUACGCGAGGUUCUUGCAACUGCAGGAGCUGAGGACUACUUGCCCAAUUUUGAAUAUCAUCGCAUUACACCGGAUCAACUUCCAGCACUUACUGACGGGGAUUUGAUCAGGAUCGGUGUUAACGCUGUCGGUGUGCGAAAGGCCAUUCUUGAGGCAAUUGUCCCCCAUGCCAAAAUUCAGGACUGGAUGGUUGAACCUUCAGCACCAAUGGAAGCGCCAGCGUUGGAGGAGAUGGGAUCCGGUGAAAUUAAGGACGAAUUGAUCAAUAAACCUUCGGCGCCGAAAGCUGAAACCAUGCCAAGCGCUCCUCCAGUUCAUGUUGUUGCUCAUUUCGAGGUUGAAUGCUGUAUCUGUCAGGAUGCUCAAUGCACCAUCAUAUUCCUUCCAUGCGGUCAUGUCUGCUGCUGCGAUAUGUGCUCGGUCAAGGUUAAUCAAUGUCCUCUCUGCCGUGUUGUUGUGCAGCAAAGUGUUUUAUUGUCGUGA